AUGGCUUCGGCAACAAAAUAUAUCCAGCUAGCCAGGACGCUGCCCGAACCCCUACAGCGAUUCUUUGCUCGAUGGCCGCCGGCGUCAAUCCAGUCCCCGGGCACUGCUCCAACCCAGUAUCAGGAGCAGCGACCUGACCCAUUCCGAUUCUACAAGCACCCCGUUACAGGGAAAUGGCACGGCCCGCUCGUACAAUUAGCACGCGAGCACGGCGUCGAGGAUCUGCUUCCCGAGACGACCAAGGGGACCGAAUACCGACUCGCACACCGCGUCGAGCACGGUUUGAGAGUGAAGGGUACCGGUGUGGGACAAAAGGUCAAGGGUCACAUUCACGAACGACACAUGAUUGCAAAGAUGGAAGAGAGAAGAAAGGCAAUGCUAGAGAUGCCCAAGCUGAUCAAGGCUUGGAAGAGGGUGGGAAAGAGGAACUGGACCAAAUGGCCCAAAUAA